AUGAGUGAGCGCCUCUACCACGAUGACUUCUUCGACGACUGGGGUGCGUUCCUGCACCUUGCGCCGGAGUGGGGAAGUCAGGACUGGACCGAGCGAGCUAUGUCUGACGUGCAUUCGUCUGAAGCUGACGGUGAGGAGGAAGAAAACCACAACGACGAAAACGACGAAAACAACGACGACGACGACGGAGUUUACGAAGAAUUCGAGAGCGACGAGCGUGAGCAGGAGACUACUGUGACCCAGUCUGGAAGGCUUAUGCAGCAUGAUGCCAACCACCACCACCCCUACUCCACCCCCCCUCAAAAGCUCGAAGUCCUCCCCGUCGCCCCCGACGGUACCGUAAUCACCGCCACAACGCACCUCCCACCCAUUCACAUCUAUCUCUCCAACUGGGGCCCUGAGCACGGUCGUGCCGGCGAUACGCUCGAGCUCCUGUUCAACGCGCCGCAGACGUUCACAUCCGCCGUGUACAGUGUUCAGUUCGGCUUUUAUUUGGAGAAUGCUGUUAGUCAGGUGGUGUUACAUUCGGGCGCUGUGAUGCUGUCGUUGGGCGUGCCGGAAUUGAGCUGGACGGGGUAUAUGGAAAGCGAUGUGCCGGUUGCGCUUGUGCUUGACGCGGGCGAUGCGGGGAGGUGGGCUGGGCAUGUUGGGUUGUUUGGGUAUGUGGAUGUCAAGAUUGAACAUGGCAAACAAAUCACAUACUAUCCCAACGGCACCCAUGACCCCCACAUCGACCUACCCCCGACCCCACAAAGCUCGCUCUCACCCUCUCUUCCUGGGUCCGACGCCGAUCUUAGCACCGACGAAGACCGCCUCAUGACACCGGACCUGAGCAACUGCACAUACGGCAUCCCCAUAAUCCCGCAAACCCCACCCUUUCCCGGCCUCCUCGCCUCCCUCACUCCCCCCUCACCCGCCGACCACUUCCGCUGCAAGCACCCGACAAUGAUGCCCAUCAGCCCCGUGGCGUCCACCGCGUCGUCGUGGUCGUCGGAUUCGUAUUUUAGGUGUGCGGAUGGGGUUAGGUGGAAUGAUGAGGAAGAAGUGGGCGUUGAGAAGGAGACGGAGGAGGGGGAGGAGAAUGAUAUGGACGAGGAGAGCGAGGCGCGGGAGAGCAGCGCGGGCGAGAUGGAUGCGUGGGAGAUUGAUGAGGCGAUUGAGAGGAUGGGUGAUGCCAAUGUGUGGACACCUCAAGAACGCCAAGCAGGCCGACGGAUCGUCCAAAUCGUCCGCACGUUUCCAAACCCGACCACGCUCUCCUACAGGGUCACUCCGUACAACCCUUCCCUCCCGACGGCCGACCCAUCAUCUACACAUCUCGUUUCAAGCAUCAACUGGCGCGAGAAGGGCGGUUGUUAUAUUACUAGUGUUGACUUUAUCUCCAUGUUGGAGUUUGUUCUGCAGCAACGCUACACAACCGAAGCCAAAAACCGGAUACGCCGCAAUCUCGAAUCCCUCCGCCCCUGCACCAUCUCCCGCAAACCCACCUCCUCCUUCUUCACCCAGAUAAUGGCCUACCCCAACCCGCGCCCGCGCAACAUUGAGAAGGAUAUCAAGAUCUACCCCUGGAGGAAGUUGAGGGGGGCUAUCGGAAAAAUUGUGGCGAAGAGGGAGAAGAUCCUUUGGGGGGAGUGA